AUUCAGUCGAUUCACAACAUCGAAGAGUAACGUAAGUAAAAAAAAAAUUUGAAAUGUAGAGAUAGAUCGCCCAAAAUGCAUUAAGUGCCUUCAUGAGUGUAGUAAUAACCGUGCAAAAUGGGCAGAAGAAAUAAAUGUAAGCCGCGUAUUAUCCCCCAACAAGACAAGAGAAUAUGUGGCUGCAUAUGCUUUUGCCAACUUGUAGUGGUAUUUAGUUGCGUUUCGCUUAUUUAUUUAACAGUGGCUAUUUACAUUCCAUCAUACAGAGCUUUUCGUAGUGGAUUCGAGGAAACACCUGUUAUGUGCCAAACCAUCAACAUCAGUACAGAAAAUAAUUGUAGUUGGGCUUCUUGUGGUGAGUGGUGUCUAACUAAAACGUCCGGCUAUUGCCCCCAGAUUCAUGCCACUUCUCGCCAAAAUGGAACUACAGUUCAGUUUCUCAACUGUACAAACUUCCAAUCCUCAAUAUGUCCACCAGUAAAUCCUGAGCAUCUCAAGAAAUUCAAUUGUAAUAACGGAUCAGAAUGUGCAUCAUUGAAAGGAUUAUUCAACUGUUCUUUAGGACAUUGCUCUAAUAUGUCGCAACUUUAUGAAUGUCACUAUAAAGCAGAUGGUUUUACAGUAGACACAGAUAAAGAUAACUUGAAAUUGAAUGGAUUUUUUGAAUGCAAAGGAGCCAAAUGCACCAAAAUUAAGAAAACUUUCACCUGUGAUCGCAUUUGCAGUGAAAAUAUUACAUCUACAAACAUGAAUGUUUUUAUAAGCGUUGGUGAUGCUGUGAAAUUUGCUCAUUGUGAAUCUGCUGUUGCAACAAAUAAAGCUGCAGGUAAAAUACAAGGAACUUUGAUCCCACCCACGCAGUUCUGGUCCAAACUUCCUAAUGAAGUCACCAUGGUGUCAUGUCACACAGUGCAGUAUGAUGAAAUCCCACAAAUUAUACACGCUACAGACUGUAUAAACGGCACAAUUUACGAUGUAGAAAUAAUUCCAAAGCAUUUCAUAACAUUCAAAGAAUUUUGGAAUCUAACUGGAAAACAUAGGAAUGUAGUGGAUCCAAAGAAUGAGUUUGUCCCAAUGCAAUCUUCUCUGACCAUAUAUAAUGCUUCUCGAUUAUUUAUCAAUUUGGAUGGCUGUGUAAAUACUCUUAGAGGAGAGUGUUCAGAUUUUGUUAAGACACAUGGAAGAGAUGGGAGGAACCAAACUUCACCGUCUAGAUUCCCGUGUUUUUAUAAUAAGAAAAAUUCCUUCAUGGUGGUGUCCCGUUACGAUUUGAAAAAAACGUGGAGAGACUUGAUAAUAGCGAUAACUAUACCCUCAGUUCUCUUUGUGAUUUCGUUUGUAACGCUUUGUGCUAUAAUGCAAUCAGUAAGGGUGGAUGACGACACAAAAAUGCGUUGCAAGUAUUGCUUCGGUACAUACAACUCUGAUUUAACUGAGAUGAUCAACAGCAAAUACGAAGUUUCUUCUCCAGAAUCGGAUAGGCCUUUUAAUAGGAGAAACAAUCAAGAAGUACUGAGUUAACAACAUUACACAAAGUAAUGUUAAAUUUGUUAAUGUGAAAUCGACCAUAUUACGCUUAUAUAUGCCCAGGGUGUAAACAGAAAUGUUCCUUAGUGGAAGCUAAGGAUAAUAAUUAUAUUUAACUUAUAAUUAAUCUAAAAUAAACUAUCGUCAUUGUUUAAUGAAUUUAUGAAUUCUUUUAUCAUUUUCUAUUUAAGUGAAAUUUAAGGACGUAGAAUCUCUAAUAGACUUCGCUUCGCACUAUGGGGAAUUGCUGUACACCAUAUUGAUUACUCUUGCUCAUAUAAAAUGCCUAAUGAAUUUAUAACCAUAUUUUAUUCUAUGCUACGCUUCUUAUGGAUGUCAAUGUAUAAAAGCAAUACAAAUUUUUUCUGCACAUAUAAUUGCGCUUCUACAGUGUGAGUAUUUCCGUCAUACACAACUUGUAUAACUUACUUAAUCUUAGCCGGCAAUAUCGCUUCAAAGAACGAAACUUUAUUAGAUAUUUAAAUCCAGCUACUACUCAAUGCUCGUUGCUUCAGUGUUUAAUUCCCCAAAUUGUGUUUUUAAGUCGACGUAAUAAUUUUCUUUCCUGAAAUAUGAAGAAAAUGAUAAGAAACAAAUUCAUUAAUAAAACUGUGGCAAAACGGAUUAGCGAUUAAAAAAAUGUUUAUCAAGAAUUUGUGAUGCUUCUUGUAAUUUAUUUGGAUUGAUUUUUCUUUUCCCGCAACAGUUUUGUUUUGUUAGAAAAAAGAGUCAUCACCACAAUUUCUACAAAAUUGUGUAAACUAAUCUAGGCUUACGUUAUUUCUAUAAAUUAACCUAUUUAAACACAUUUACAUUUUAUCGUAUUUUUCAUGAAAUUCUCACCCAAAAUUUGACCAAUCUUCACGUAGACUAUUUGCUACAGAUCCAAAAGUCGAUUGUCGAGUGAUUUUAUUUAAAAAGACAAAGUAAGGCCUUUUCUAAAACUGCAUCUAUAAAAGACGUUAGAAAAGAGUGUUUUAACUAAUAAUCAGCUGUUCUAAUAGUAUCAGAAAAUUCGAUUUUUUAAGCCAUAAUAGAUUAUUUUCCUUCCAAGAAACAAAGAAAAACAAUUUAUUUCAUUUUUAAUUUCUUAAAAUCUUACGGUGUUCAAAAGAAUACGCACGGGUACCAAUAAUCAUAUAUUAUUUACUUUGUAAUAGUUUGUAAUCAUGCAAAAUUAUGGAGUAUACAUAAAUUGAUAGAUGUCACAUCUCUUUUACUCUGCAAGUUGUUAUUUGAUUAAUUUAGAUAUGAAAAACGUUUGGUUUGUCAGAAAAAGUAUGCAACUAGUAUUUGUUUACACCCUGAUUUCUAGAUUCGUAAAAAUGAACACUUCUGUAAUAUGUAUAUUAUAAGGAUUGUUCCAAACUGCUAAUCUACGCCGUUCUUGGAAGCAUUUAAAUGAUAUUUUUUGCGCAAUCUCUGGCUAUGCACGGUUCUUGUAACCGUACUGGCUAUCAACCAAUUAUCGAAAAUUCCGUCCUGGAAACGGUUCUCAAACGAUACCUAAGUCGGUUUGAACACAAAACAGAAUUCCAAAAAUAAAAUCACAAAGGGUAUAAUUCAAAUUAAAAUUUUGUAUAAAAUUCUUCUCGGAUAUUUCUUAGGGUAUCUGAAGUCAAUAAACGACAUUUUUGAAAAAUUGUUUGACGUAAAUCUUUUAGAUAAUGAACUGUAUUGGGAAAUUACUGCAGAGGAAGAAAUCUAAAGGUUUUAAACCAGGUGACUAAGUUGACCACUCUACUGAUCCUCUUUGUCCAAUCCGUCAACCAGAAAAUGAAGGACCGAUUCAGCAAAAUUAGGUGUUCCUAAAAAAACAGUUUGUUGUCGUCUUCGAGAAUUUGGAUAAUAAUUAAAUCGUUGUAAUCUUCCAACAGAUGUAAGUAGCUGUAGAGACCUAGGUUAUCAAGAAGAAAAAACGGUACGAUAAUAUAAUCCCAAAAAUAUUUCUCAGAAAAUUAAUAAAUGGAUUAAUUUCACUCCAAUACCUGCAAUUGUAUAUAUUCAUUUCACUAUUUAAAUGUAAGCAGUAUUUAUCUGACGAACAUGUCUUGUUUAGGAGAUAAGCAUUACAAAUCCAUCAAGGAUCGUGAUCACAGUCAUUUAAUUCUUUUACCAAUGGUUUGUCAUAUGAGCAAAAUAUAAAAGUAGAUCAGCACUAGUUUAUCGUAUACCGGAAACCUAAGCCACUUUUCUUAUCUAUUGGGUAUUGUAAGUGACCCAUAACUGCCACUUUGACUGCUUCUCUUCUGAACUUUGUGUCGCUUGUUUUCCUCGAUAUCCGUUUCUAUAAAGUUAUUUCCGAAUUAUUUAACACGAGCCUGGCUAUAGCACAUAAUAAUUUUUAAAUUUAAUUCCCACAAUUUUUUUAUCACCUCUUGAACGGUUUACUUUAUGAAAUAAAUGUAUAAUAAUAAUUUAUUCACUACCACUAAAACGAAAUACAAAGUUUUUUUGAAUGUUACAACAAUAAAAACUUUAACGUGAUAAAAUAAAUUGGUGGGUACUCCUGAACGGCUUUCCACGUUUGAUAUAUUUGAGUAGAGAUUUUGAUUCAAUAGUUGAAAAUCUUUUACGAGAUGAUAUUCUGAAGUCCGUUUUUAUAUUUUUCUGCUAUUCCCAAAAUCACUCAUUUUUAACACUUAAAAACUCGAAACUGUGUUUAGCGGUACUUUAAACACAUUCAGUAACCACAAGUAAUACCGAUUUUACUAAAUAUCAAAAUAUCGGUCUGAAUGUGGAAUAAAAUCGUUGGAAACAUUGUAUACCACAGAUGACAGUUUUAGAAAACCUUCGUACUUGUACAAUUGUGCAAACAUCCCAGUGUUUCACUACUGGAUUAGUGUGAUAGAUAUAAUUUUGUUGUAUUUUUAUAGUUGUGAGUGUACCGGUAUAUAAUUGCAAGUUUUUUUGAGAAAAGUGUAUUGUUGAAUUUUUGAAAAAGCUCCUCGGUCACUAACCAUAACGUAAUUACAGUAUACAAAUUAAUUAUCUUGCACAACAAGAUUAUCUUGCUUUUUAAAAGCAAAUUGUUUUUUAUUGAAAUUUUCUCGUAUUUGGACAAGAAAUAACAACAUGUACAGUUUGUAUGGUUAUCAAGGCAAAUUAUUUAUAACAGUUCAAAGUUCAAUAAUUAUGUCGCAUCACAUCAUUUUCAUAGCUAUAAAAGCAGUAAAUAAUUCACUUAUUUUGAUUCGUUCAAGAAAAAUCCUUACUAUAAUAGCAAUAAACAGCAUCAUUGAAUCCUAAACUGCCUUUAAAAUAUUAGGAAAUCCACAAAUUAUCAUAUUGAAUAUUAAAAUAGUAUUUAUUUCAGUGAAAUUUCAAAAAUAAAUUUGCUUUCUCAUUAAAUAUACACCUAGAAAAUUCAUGUUUUCACACUUUACUCCCGCAUUAUACCAUUAGUGGGACAACCUGUGUGAAAUAACUACUUCAUUCGUGAAGAUCUUACGAAAACUGCGUGAGAUGUUCUAAAUAUUAUUUCCUGUUUAUUAAGAUUGUCGACCAAAGUCUACCAACAAAUAGAUUAUAUACUAUUCAAAAUUUGAAUUGCUCUAUUUGAAGAAACGAAAAUUGAUAGAAUUUCGUAUUUAACUUAGCCUAUUUAUAUCUACUUAAACGAGCGAAGUAAUUUACAAACUAUAAAUCAAAGCGGGUGACCGUGGAGCUGUGGGAAGAGAUGUUAUGUCGCACAAACAGAAAUAUGUUUAUUAUUAAGGACUUAUGACAACAAAUAACCCAAUGUUUACAAAUAUCAAGAAGAAAUAUUUCGAUAAAUAUUCAUAGCAAGGAUCUACCAUUGUUAUGCAAACAUUAAUUACUCGUCUAAAAUACUUCACAACCACUGUGAAAAUAACCUUGCCAGCGUGAUAUCAAGAUUUAAUUAUCCAUACUCAACAUAAUCAUAACAUAUGUUUCAAAAGUAUUUCAUCAAAUCAUUCGAACUAUUGUAAAAACAAGUUUAUUUGAUCUGUGUAAGGUUUUUCCAGAUACGUGGUAUUAUCUAGAAUCGGUAAUUAUAUGCUUGACGAGCAUGCAUGACUAUUGUGACAUACAGGACGACUCCCUGAAUAUAUCCAAUAAUCGGGUGUACGUUUCAAACUCUUCUUAUAGUCGUAGCUUCUCUCGAACUUAAAAAGUUCAGGAGGGAUGAGGAGUAUAUGUAAUAAUGCUGCUCUAAUGAUCGCGGCAAUAUUCUUGGAUGAAGAUUUUUGAAAUUGAGACUGCAAGCUGGAUUAUGAUUUCUGUAGUAGUAGACCAGAAGAAAAUAUGAGACAAUUUGUAUGAAAACACUAUUUUGAAUUUUUUUCGACACUGCGCACUUGAUAACCACUAAACACCGGAAUGAAUGAACGAGCGUGAUUGGAUUUGAACUGUGAAUAUCCUUCAUCCCUAUCAAUUUGACUACUUUUGUUAGUUCGUAAUUGUUGGUUGAACUAUACUUUCCUGAUUUGUGAACGGAUUGUCAUAAAAUUUGGAAAGCGGUCGAGUUAGAACGGAUUGAAGUUUAUUUUUUAUUUAUAAUUGCAUCUACUGAGUUGUCUAAAACAUCUAGCAUGCGAAACAUUGUUUUGAAAAAUAUUGACCCAAUGACAAUUAGAAAAUAUAGGAGGAAGCUCCAAUAUUUUCAUAUAGAAAAAUUAAUCUUUCUAGUUCACUGUAUGCUGAAUUAGGAAAGUAUUAUACUUAAGCAAUAAAUUCUAAUAUUAUACAAGGAUUUUCGAAAACAGAGUAUUUUUUAAAAAUUUCAAUAUAUUAUUGAUCCAAUUUUAAGGAAAAAUAUAAGACAAAAACGUAAAUCUUCAACUUUCUAAAAACUAGUAGAUUCAUAGGCUGUUCAUAAUUGUGAUGUUCCUUUUCAAUACGCACCAUGUCCAGAAAGUUAAUUUUUGUAUGUAUUCCUUUGAAUAUAAGUACAGAAACCGAAUUACUUAUCAACAUGAGUAGCUAGGUCAAACCAAUACUUAGAUAUUAUCAGUUAAUAUCCUACUCUUUAUUUCUACUGUAAUUGGCUUAUUUGAGUAGCUCUUCAUUUUGUAUAUUAUCAUUGUUUUUAAGGUGAUCGUCAUUUUGGAGAAAUAAUAAUUUUUUGGUGUAUUCAGAUUCAUUUCUAACACAUUAGUUUGAUGAAUUAUAUCUAAAUAAACACUCACUUAAUUUGUAACGAACUGUGAACCAGGAUUGAGUUUCAGAAGUUUUGCGGUAAAUUUCAAUAAAUCCAGUACUUUUCAAUAAAAUAUAAAACAGGAACAUAGCUAAGAUAUGUAAGUGUAUAACAAAAUAAACCCAAACAUUGUUCUCUCCAAAAAUUGAUGGUGAAAGUAGACGUAUCCGACUUGUUAAGAAAUUAGACGGUUUCGUAAGGAAACUAAUUUCUAAUUAGUGGAUAAAUAGUGAGCUUUGGACAAGAAUCUGAUUUUCAAAGCGGAAAACCGAAUUAUUCAUUUUUGAGGGAAAUAAACGUGACAUUUAACAUUAUUACUGAUACAGUCUUGAAUACUCGGUGAAAAAUAUCCAUCUAAUUUAUAAGUAAUUUCUUAAUAUUAGAGCAACACUUUUAUAAUAACGAUGUCAGUGUUCUCUUUUACCAGGAAUAAAAAUGUGACUUAUACAACUUCUAAAAAACUGAGUUUCACAAAUAUACGUUUCAAAUUAAAUGUUAAGAUGUACCAUAACUUUCAUGAAAUAUAUUUUUUUAUCAACUGUUACAAAAAAGGACUUAGAAAAGUUAGAAUCUAACACUCAAUCCAAGCAAUACUCAUAUAAAUCUUAAGUGGUAUAUUGAUUAAAGUAAAAGCAACGAAUCAAUUUGAAUAUAGUAUAUCAACGUGUAUGAUUCUAAUAGCAACUAAGUUCACAACCAUUUUUUAUUUACAUUGUAACGAAAACUUUUAUCAAAAAAUAGCUAAUAAUCUAAGCACAAGUGACAUCAUUCUCCAUUGAUGAAUAUUGUAUAAUUUUUCUGUUGUUUUGUUGAAGUUGCGUAUCACAAAUAUAGGCAAAUUGUAAAAGUUAAAUGUUAUGAGGUUUUCGAUAUAUUUUGGUAUGUCCUCAAACAUUUAGACGCAUAUUGGAAGUAAAGAUUGUAUUAAAAAGCUGUGAAUAAAAUUAGACUCAUGUAUGGAGGAGAUGUUCUUCAAAUGAUUAGAAAAGUUGAUGUUAAAAAAAUCUGUACCGUAAAGACUGAUACAAUUCGUUUGCCAACUUUCCGAUAGUUUAUUUAAAGAUUACCAUUUUAUUUACAAUAUACAAUGAUUACGAUAUUUUUGAAUUGAUCUAAAACGAUUCGAUUUCUUUCAGUCGCAUGAUUUUGGUUGAUAAGAAAUUUAUAACUUCGAGAUUAUUAGCUAUUACAACUAAGUUGGAAUUUCUGGAACCAUCGGUGAUAUUCAUACUGAACACACUGUUUACACCACCUUCACACCAACACUCACACACUCACUGUCUAGUUCUCCUUCAGUCUCUGAACUCUGAAUGAAGGAAACGAUAACUUCAUCGGUCAUCGAAACGCACGUCAGGCAGUGUAAUUGUCAGUGUCGGUGUAGUGGUCGUGUAAACAGUGUGUUCAGCUAUUACAUAUUUUAUUGAACUCUAUUUUAUAUUGUCUUUCUAUAUAUAUGCCUUUUACACAAUUAUAAGACAAAGUUUCAAUAUUUUUGAAUAUCAAAUGAAGCUGAGUAUACUGUUUUAAAAAAUAUAAAAUUUAAUAUAAAUAAGACGAUUUUAUUAACUACAGCCUUUACCAAAUUUAAAAAAUAGUAUGAAAUUGAAAAAAUAUACAGAAAACCUAUCGUUACAUCUCAUUUGGAUCUAGCUAAUAAAAAAAAUAUAUCAAUAAACCACUGGUUUUCGCCAUGUUUCGUGUACUGACACUGCCAACAUUUUAAAGACUUUCAAAACAAUUGUUUAUUAUCUAGUAUUCCAAACUUUACCAGAUGAAAGAUUGAUCCUAUAAUAAUAAAAAACGAUAAUUCGUAUUUAUUCAUAAAUUGACACACUCAUUCGGUUAUCUAUUAUAUCAUCUCAAAUCUUAAUGACUUGAUCCACAGGAUGGAAAAGGAACUCCUAAAUAGAAUUAAUACUAGAAAUGUUGACAUCUUCAGACCGAUAAGUCUUUCGACAAAAUAUCUUGCAGGCUAAGAGCCAGAGAAGCGGACAGAAGAAGAAUUUCGCGGUUGAAAAAUUUAAUAACGCAGUUUAACCAGUUAACAACUCACCUGUUCGGUAAUGUUGUUGCCAAAGUUCGAACGGCCAAAAUCCACCUAUUAAUGAGAAUAAGACACAAAAAUUCUUGGUUCAUCUGAAUCAUUGAUUACGGUAAUAAUUUUACAUAAAUGUGACUUUUUCAUUCAAUAAUUACCCC